UCGACCAUACACAUUGCGACCGACGUCUUAAACUGUAUUGCCACAGGGAGGGCCAUGUACCCUGUAGACCUUCCAGCUGUGGAUGACUCUGACCUGACAUCAGCAGCUGAACAGUACUUGUCUUCUUUGGAGUCCAGGCGUCAUGAUGAUGAGUGGUUUCAGUCAUCACAGAACUCAAAGGUCGCAAUAACACCAAAUAACGUAAGAUGGUUGCGGGUGUUUGAAGAUGACCAGUCUGAAUUUUCAGUGUUGGCGCUUCACCCUCCUGAUCAUCUAACACAAGUGGUGGCUUUACACCUGCAUGGGAAAUGGUGGUGCGUGGACGAAGUUUUACGAACCUCCAGCAAAUCUAGGAGUGGCUUGGUGUCGGUGCAGACCAUUAUGGAGAGGGUGAUUGUGUUCCUGCUCAGUCAGGUAGUGGAGAGGCCUUUACAGGAAGAGUUGUUGUUCACCCUACACCCCCGCACAGAGAGUUGCAAAUUACUGUGGAGAGACGGCCAGGCUGUUGGCUUUUACACUAUCAAACAAAAAGGCAGUCUGUGUGACAGCUGGAGCAGUCAGUGCUACUUGCUGCCUGUUCUGGACACAGUGCUGGUGAGGAGGAGCUGGAGGAGGAGAGGCUUUGGCCUUCAGAUGCUUGAUGAUUUCUGCUCCUCCUUCUCCAGAGAGGAGGUGCUGGGGGUCAGCGCUCCACUAUCACCCAGCAUGGUGGCAGUGUGCAGGAGGUUCCUGCAGCUGCACGAGCAGCAUGGAGAGCGUCUGUACGAGGUUGAGGCUCCAGGGGGAUGGACUCAACGACGAAAUAUCUGGCUCAACAUCCAACUAGGCCGCUACUCCUCUGGUAUCAAUGAGGAGAGCAACCCAACUUUCCUGAAGAAUGAAGGAGACGACUCGUCUGAGAAGACUUCCAAACUGGACCUGGCCUCAUCGAAUACCUGUAAUGUGACCAUUCCACUGAUAAUAGGUUCUUCUGAGCAACAAAUUAAACCUUGUGAUCCAAGCCCAGGAGGAAGCUCCCAAAGCAGCAAGACCUCUGGAACAGGAUGUAGCCCUGCAGCCCACGCUCAUGAUCUGUACUCUGGACCUCCCACCAGACCACUGAAGUCUCUAAACACAAAACAAGCUCUGAAAUCCAAACCCUCUCUAUCUACAGACCCUCGCAGAGAGAAGCCAGAGGCAGAGGAAACCCACCGAGGUGCCAAACGAGUCAGAAGGACAUGAGUUAAACCUCUCAUACAGAGAUGCAGAAGUCUUGUGUAUGAAACCUGCUACAGAUUCUACAGAUCCAUGCUAUACCAACCUAAACUUUGUUGUAUUUUAUACUGUAUUUAUGGACUUUUUAGAAUGGUACAUGAAUAAAUUAAGAGUAUACUACUUUACCAGUACUACCACAAAACAUAAACUAUUAUGGUUAA